AUGCAGGAGUGCCCUGCUGCUUUUGUUUUCUUCAAGACUCGUUUUGAUGCUGUUGUUGUUGCAGAGGUUCUUCAAUCAUCAAAUCCUAUGUUAUGGGUGACAGAGUUAGCUCCGGAACCACAUGAUAUAUACUGGUCAAAUCUCUGUAUACCAUACAGACAACUUUGGAUCCGUAAAUUAGCAACACUUCUUGGUGCAAUUGUCUUCAUGUUUGUGUUCCUUAUUCCUGUGACUUUUAUACAAGGGUUGACUCAACUGGAACAACUAGCGCAUGCAUUUCCAUUUCUCAGAGGAAUUCUGAAAAAGAAGUACAUGAGCCAGCUGAUAACAGGUUAUCUACCAAGUGUAAUUUUGAUGUUAUUUCUGUAUGCCGUUCCACCAACAAUGAUGUUAUUCUCAGUACUAGAAGGGCCAAUUUCACGUGGUGGAAGGAAAAAGAGUGCAUGUGUAAAAGUUCUAUACUUCACAAUCUGGAAUGUCUUCUUUGUUAAUAUUCUAUCAGGAUCUGUAAUCAGGCAAUUGAGUGUCUUCUCAAGUGUGAAAGACCUACCAACUCAACUUGCCAAAGCAGUACCAACUCAGGCUAGCUUCUUCAUGACUUAUGUUUUUACCUCAGGUUGGGCAGGUUUAGCAUGUGAAAUGGUGCAACCUUUUGCUCUUAUCUGCAAUGUGCUGAAAAGGUUCAUAUUCAAAAUAGAUGAGGAUUCACCUGACAGCACUUUCUCUUUUCCCUAUCAUACUGAAAUCCCACGGAUCCUUCUUUUUGGAAUUCUUGGCUUCACCAAUUCAAUCAUGGCACCCUUAAUAUUGCCCUUCUUGCUCAUUUACUUCUUCCUGGCUUACCUUGUAUAUCGAAAUCAGAUUCUCAAUGUAUAUGUGACAAAAUACGAAAGCUGGGGACGAUAUUGGCCCGUUUUUCACAAUACAACAAUAUUUUCAUUGGUGUUGACACAAAUUAUAGCUUUGGGGGUAUUUGGAAUUAAAAAGUCACCAGUUGCUACAGCUUUCACCAUCCCAUUGAUUCUUGGCACACUCCUUUUUAAUGAGUAUUGCAGGCAGAGGUUUUAUCCAAUUUUUAAGAAGAAUGCUGCUCAGGCUCUUAUAGAGAUGGAUCGGGAAGAUGACCAAACUGGGAGGCUAGAAGAGAUAUAUAAACAGUUGAAAUCCGUCUAUUGCCAGUUCCCUUUACAUUCUCGUAUGUUGAUUGAAGCUGAAAGCAAUAAUUGUCCAGAUCAGGACAUUCCGAAUCUAGAGGCACCGGAUCCAGGUGAGGAGCACAUCCAUAAAAGUGAGUUGUUGGCUUUUCAGUUCAGUCCAGAGAGGGAUAAACCUAGCCCCAAGUAAACUUCAGCUUGUUCAUUGUAAAUGAUUCAUCUGUUGCGAGGGAAAAAGUUUGUUCAUUUCACCACCAUCAUCAUUGUCAUGGUGUUUACUGGAACAAAGUGCACAGAAGAACAAUUCUUGAUGACUCGCACAGGUCGGUCCAUAGCAUACAACAGAAAGUUUGAGUCUUUGUACGACAUAGGUUAUAUCUGUUUUGAAUUGUUUAUAAUGAUGCCCAUAUAACUUAUUUGAAUGCAUAUAUGGGUGAUGAAACAAUCUGGAAAGGCUCUUUGAUCUGUAUAGUUUCUUUUUGAAUUCUCCCCGUCAGAUUGUCUGGCGGAGCAUAUUUGAGAAGCAUGAGUAUAUACUUGGUUUCAAAGUAUAUGGUUAGGCCAGUGCCUUUCAGAUUUAGAUAGCCAUGUCGACUCUAUCUUCAUGAUGCAAAAUUAUUGCAGAGGGGAUCACUUCAGUUAUUGUGUUGUGGUUAUUCAAAGCAGAGAUUAUACUAUGAAAUCGUAUGGUGCUUUGCAGUCA